GCAGAGGCAAAGGCACUCAUGGAAGAAAUACACGAAGGAGUGUGUGCUGCACAUCAUGGUCCAUACUCUGUCUCCAGAAGGGCGAUUAUUCAGGGAUAUUUCUGGCCAACGAUGAAGAAGGAUUGCGAAGAGUACGUACGCAAGUGCCCGACCUGCCAAUAGUUCCAGAAUAUGCCCGGGAGGCCAGCCACGAAUUACACGCCCGUCAGCUCUGUGAUUCCCUUCUCAAGAUGGGGGAUUGAUAUUGUGGGAGCCCUGCCGAAAGGAGCUGGGCAGGCAAGAUGGAUUGUGGUGGCAAUAGACUAUUUCACCAAGUGGGUGGAAGCUGAGCAACUUGCUGGGAUUACCAGAAGGCAGAUGAUCGACUUCGUCGGAACAAACAUACUCUGCAGGUUUGGGGUCUCGAGACAUAUCAUAUCUGACAAUGGAACCCAGUUUGAGGAAGCAGAGUUUCAAGACUUCCUCAAAACUUGGGGAAUUCAGCAUACAAAGGUGUCUGUUGCCUAUCCUCAGGGUAAUGGACAAGUGGAGAACGUCAACAGAACAAUCAUAGACGGAAUAAAGAAGAAGCUACUUUCAGAAGGAAGCAAAUGGGUAGAUGAACUACCCAGAAUCCUAUGGACAUACAGGACAACUCCAAGGAGAGCUACGGGUGACACUCCUUUUGGCUUAGCUUAUGGUUUUGAAGCCCGGGCUCCCGCUGAGGUAGUAAUCCCCACCAAGAGAGAAAUGGAAUAUGACCUGGAGGUGAACGAACAGAAUCAGGCCGUAGAGCUAAAUUUUGUAGAGGAACGAAGGGAUGAAGCACGGAUCCGGGCAGAGAAUUAUCGUCGCCAGGUGAAAUCUUACUUUGAUAGCAAGGUGAAACCAAGGGCGUUCCAGGUAGGGGAUUACGUCCUGAGGAAACGAGAGAAAAGUCAACCAACUAAGGGUGGGAAGCUGGCUAAGAAGUAUGAAGGACCUUAUAUCAUCAAGGCCGUUGUUCGCACAGGUACCUACAAGUUGGUGACUACCAAGGGGAAAGAAAUUGAUAGGACAUGGAAUGUAGAGCACUUGGUCAAAUUUUAUCAGUAAGAACCAUUUUGUAAAAACGCUCUAUUUAAGCUGUUUGUUUCAGUAAAUUGUUCUUUACUUUCAAGCCAAGUGCCUUUGCGAUUUCAUUGUUCUAUAGAUUUCUUUCAAAAAAAAAGGGGGGGGAGCACCCCCAGGCGAUAUAGACCCGCAUUACAGGGAGGUAGAUAAGUUUAUGCCACCUGCUAAAAAUAGGGGAGGUAGACAAGUUUAUGCCCCCCCGGAGGUAGAUAAGUUUAUGCCUCCGUCAAAAAUGAAGGAAGGGUUGGGAU